AUGACCGAGGAAAGUGGCAGAAACGGGCAGUUUAACCUGGACGGUAUACUCUGCGAGUUAGGCUGCUUCGGAAAAUACCAGGUGCUGCUGCUAUUUCUGCUCGCAUUCCGAGACUCCUUUCUCAACAUGUGCAACUUCAACUACGUGUUCACAGCCGCCGAUGUUUCCUCCAGAUGCUACGUACCAGAAUGCGAUCUAGUUGACGCCUUAUACAAUGCUAGUUGGUUCGCUUCGAUAGUGAACAAAUCAGAAGCGUGUCAAAUACUGUCACCCUAUGAUAUAACAAAGAAUACCUCUGUAGUCGAGGAUUGGAGUUCCUUAGGGGUGAACGGUAAUAACUGCUUAACGCAGAUGAUCGACGAAAAGAGAACUGUGCCCUGUGAGAAGUUGGUCUAUGAAGACUACAACAGUAUAGUGGCCGAGUUUGACCUGGGCUGUCAACCAUGGAAAAGAACGUUAAUCGGUACAGUUCACAAUCUUGGACUUGUUUUUUCUUAUAUAUUGUCCGGUGUUAUAUCAGACAGAUAUGGUCGAAAAGUAAUAAUCGUGGGGACGCCAUUAAUGGUCGGUGCGGUGGGGCUGCUCAAAUCUUUCUCAGUCGAUUACUGGAUGCUGCUUAUGCUUGAAUUCCUCGAGACUGCACUCGGCUACGGCAACGCUUCCUUAAUCUUAUCACUAGAAACCGUCAGUCACAACGACAGGGUAGUUUAUUCCUGCAUUACGGAUAUUCUCUCCAACUUUGGGGCUGCUUUGUUCGGCUUAAUAGCUUGGAAGAUCCCCUAUUGGAGACAUUUAAUGAGAGCCAUAUACGCCCCCCUCCUAGUGGUGGUAUUCUAUAUAUUCCUCGUCGAUGAGGGCGUCCGGUGGCUUCUGGCUCACAAUAAGAAAUAUGAAGCUGUGAGGGUGCUAAACAAAGUUGCCAAGAUUAAUAACAUUACAUUGUCUAAUAAAGCAAAAGAGAUGUUGAGCAAGAUAACUGAAGAGAGGAGUAAGGCUGACCAAAUGGUGCAAGCAUGUUCAGAGCACCCACCACCAAUCUUCUCGGUUCUUCGUUCCAAAAAGAUACUCCAUCGUAUGACGCUCAUCUCUGCCAGCUUCUUCUGCUGCAUGUUCGUGCAUAGUGGUGCCAUAAUUAACUCGACGUCCAUCUCCUCCAGCAAGUACCUCAACUUCUCUGCCAUGAAUCUGGUAGAUGUGCCAACGCGGAUCAUCACGGCGCUUACUCUCAAUAGAUUUGGAAGAAAAACCCCGAUCUGUACGGCAUACUGCUUGUGUGCAUUUUUCUUUAUGACAUCGGCUUUUGUGCCCAAAUCAAUAUGGUGGGCAUCUAUCAUGUUCUACCUUGCGGGCAAGAUGUGCAGCAGCUACGGCAUCUUCUCCAUGACGGUGCUCACAAUGGAAGUGUUCCCCACUAUCUCGCGCAACUCACUCACCAACAUCGCAAACACUUUUGGUCGGUUGGGCUCAGUCCUGGCACCACAGACACCACUUCUUGAGCAGUACAUGUCUGGGCUGCCAAGCGUGCUGUUCGCGCUAGCGGCACUGGAACCAGCUCUGCUGGCGCUGCUGUUGCCCGACACUAGCCGUGUGCCACUGCCCGACCACGUGGAGGAGGCCGAGCGCCUUAACGACUCGCCCCAGGCGAUCCAAAUCCAACUUGAAAGAAUGAAUCCAUCACCUGCCUUAAUUCAACAGUUAUAG